UCGGCGGGUCCUAAUCUGCUUUCUGGAGCUUUAUCGUUCCUUAUCUAUUUACCCCUUCAGCCGAAUGAGUCCUUUACCUCUGCUACCCUUCCUCAGCCUCUGCACCUUCUGCUACCUGCAGAGUGAAGCAGGGCAGGUGCUCGAGAGAACUAUUGAGGAAUGGAUGAGGUACAGGGAAGAGUGCUACCAGAAGAUGUCUAGCACUCCAAAGCCCAUGGGGCUACAUUGUAACCGUACUUUUGAUUUAUACGCCUGCUGGCCAGAUGGAUCGCCGGGGAACGUCACUAAUGUGUCCUGCCCUUACUAUUUACCAUGGUUUCCAAAAGUGCGUCACGGACUGGUGUCACGGCGAUGUGGGCAGGAUGGGCUCUGGGCGACAAUGAAUGGGACCCAGCCCUGGAGAGACUCAUCACAGUGCGAAGACGAUGCCGAAGUGACCACAGAUGAGGUUGUAACUCGGAACCUGUUACUCAGCUUCCAGGCUCUCUACACCGUCGGGUACUCUGUGUCUCUGCUGGCCCUGAUAUCAGCCCUGCUAAUUCUCACCUUGUGCAGGAAACUUCGUUGCACCCGAAAUUACAUUCAUGCCAACUUGUUCUUCUCGUUUGCUCUGCGCGGGAUCUCUGUUAUCGUUAAAGAUAUAUUACUAGAGAAGCGGUGGGGAAUGCAAAUUAUCGAGGUCACCGACUGGGAGAUCCUGAUCAGCAAUGAGGCAGCGAUCGGAUGCCGCAUGGCGCAGGUUGUCAUGCAAUACUGCAUAUUGGCCAACCAUUAUUGGUUUGUGGUGGAGGCGGUUUACCUGUACAAGCUGCUGGUCGGAGCAGGGUUCUUCGAGAAGAAUAUAUAUACCCUGUACCUGUAUCUCGGUUGGGGGACUCCGCUUCUGUUUGUGGUUCCCUGGAUGACAAUGAAAUAUCUGAAGGAAAAUUCAGAAUGUUGGGCUCUAAAUGAGAACAUGGCGUAUUGGUGGAUAAUCCGGAUCCCCAUCCUGCUGGCCUCUCUGGUAAACCUUGUAAUCUUCAUGAAAAUAUUGAAGAUGAUAUUGUCCAAGCUCAGAGACAAUCAGAAAGGAUACCCAGACUACAAGCUUAGAUUGGCAAAGGCCACGUUAACCCUCAUUCCACUCUUUGGGAUUCAUGAAGUGGUGUUCAUCUUUGCCACGGAUGAGCAGACAUCUGGAAUCCUGCGAUAUGUUAAGGUCUUCUUUAACCUCUUCCUGAACUCCUUUCAGGGAUUCAUGGUCGCAGUCCUCUACUGUUUUGCUAACAAAGAAGUAAGGUCCGAGAUCCUGAAGAAGUGGCAUCUUUGGAAAUUGGACAGAACGGCCCAGCUGUGUCGUCCGUGACCCCUGCUCAUAUUCAUUAUCGGGGACAGACAGCGCAUGUGCACGGCCCGUGGUACUGGCAAAACGAACUGCCUUAGUAAUGGACAUUAAGCUGAUUAGCAUGAGGUCCCUGUGAAUAGUGUUAAAUAAUACACAUUGACCCCAACUGUGUCCUUCCGAGCCGGCCUUCUAAAAGGCGCACAAUGGCAGUUCGUAUGAAGAUGUAAACGUUACCUGGUUCUUCAUCUAAUAUACCCCGAAGCUCAUCCUCAGGGAAGCCUCAAUAAGGCAGACUCAAAUAAAGUUUAAAGGGUCUAAAGGAGAGAAUCCAGCGGUGCAAA